UCGCUGAGCUGGUGCAGUGCAAGACACUCGCUCAUCCUCACCGAUGGUCUGCAGAACGAGGGGGACUUUAAAAAAAAAUAACAUCUGAAACAAAAAAAAACAUCCUACAUUAACAAAAAAAAAUCUUGAAAAAAACAACAAAACAACAAAAAAUCCAUCAUGAGCUACGAUCCUUAUAUCUCCUACCGCCGCACUUGGGACAGCUACCGAGGCUCUUCUCGACCUUCCACCACCAAAUCCUUCAUGUACUCCCCUCUCUACUCCUCCUCUUCCUCCCGAGCCCUGGGCCUGGCGGCUGGGAAGCAGCGUCCACCCGCCUCUUCCUCACUGCCGGAUGCGUCUGCACGGAUGGACCUGGCCGAGGCCUCCAGCCUCAACACAGAGCUGCUGGGGCUCCGCAGUCAGGAGAAGGAGCAGCUGGUGGGCCUCAACGACCGCUUCGCCACCUACAUCGACAAGGUGAGGCGCCUGGAGCAGCAGAACCGGGCCCUUCUGGCAGAGCUGGAGGCUCUCAGGCGGAGACAGAGGGACCCGUCUCGUCUUCAGGGGCUCUACGAGGGUGAAGCCCGGAGCCUCAGGGCUGCAAUCGACCAGAAGACAGGAGAUAAGAUGCGCAUGGAGGCAGAGAGGGACUACCUGAGGGACGUGUACGGGCAGCUGAAGGAGCGCUAUGAGGAGGAGGCGCAGUGCCGUGUGGAUGCGGAGGAGGCCCUGCAGAGGGCCCGGGAAGAAGUGGGGCGGGCCAUGCUGUCUAACUGCGAUGCAGAGGCCAGCGUUGUCUCCCUGGCCGAGGAGAUGGGCUUCCUGAAGAAGGUGUUUGUGGAGGAGCAGGCGGAGCUGCAGGCCCAGGUUGUGGCGGCUAACGUGUGUGUUGACAUGGAGGUGAGCAGGCCAGACCUGUCUGCGGCACUCAAGGAGAUCCGGGCGCAGUACGAGCGGCUGGCCAAUAAGAACAUGCAGGCGGCCGAGGACUGGUACCGGGGGAAGUUUGAGUCCGUGGCGGAGAUGGCAUCGAAGAACAACGAGGCGGUGCGCUCCAUCCGGGAGGAGACCAUGGAAUACCGCCGGCUGCUCCAAUCACGCUCCUCUGAGAUCGAGGCCCUGCGGAACGUCAUCGAGUCGCUGAACAAACAGCUGGAGGAGCUGGAAGAGCACCAGGGGGGAGAGGUCACGAAGUACCAGGUGAGGAUAAACGUUCUGGAGUGCGACAUCAACGAGGCAAAGCAGGAGAUGUCUCGGUACCUCAGAGAGUACCAGGACCUUCUCAAUGUUAAAAUGGCUCUGGACAUUGAGAUCGCGGCAUACAGGAAACUGCUGGAGGGAGAAGAAUUCAGGCUGACCUUCUCUGCCCUGAACUAAAUCCUCUUCACACUGAACCCCAAUAACCCCGAACCCCAAUAUCUCAAUAGCCUAUACCCUAACCUAAACCAUACUCUUUAGUCUUAUAGCCCUACCAUUGGUCCUCCUUCCACCCUUACCUAUACCCCAUACUACCCCACCCUUACCUAAACCCCAUUCUACCCCACCCUUACCUAAACCCCAUACUACCCCACCCUUACCUAAACCCCAUACUACCCCACCCUUACCUAAACCCCAUACUACCCCACCCUUACCUAAACCCCUUACUAUCCCACCCUUACCUAAACCCCAUACUACCCCACCCUUACCUAAACCCCAUACUACCCCACCCUUACCUAAACCCCAUACUACCCCACCCUUACCUAAACCCCAUACUACCCCACCCUUAACUAAACCCCAUACUACCCCACCCUUACCUAAACCCCAUAGUACCCCACCCUUACCUGAACCCCAUACUACCCCACCCUUACUACUCCAACCUUACCUAAACCCCAUACUACCCCACCCUUACCUAAACCCCUUACUACCCCACCCUUACCUAAACCCCAUACUACCCCACCCUUACCUAAACCCCAUACUACCCCACCCUUACCUAAACCCCAUAGUACCCCACCCUUACCUAAACCCCAUACUACCCCACCCUUACCUAAACCCCAUAGUACCCCACCCUUACCUAAACCCCAUACUACCCCACCCCACCCUUACCUAAACCCCAUACUACCCCACCCCACCCUUACCUUCCUCCCCAUAACUCAUCCCCACUGUACCACCCUAAUCUAGUACCACCCUAAUCUAGCACCACCCUAAUCUAGUACCACCCUAAUCUUGAACAAACCCCCCUAAGCGUCCUGAACGUCACCCUUCCGAAGACAGAUGUGCCCUUGUUCUACACAAGAGGUCCACGAUGAAGAGGUCCCCCUUCUUCUCCACACUGAUGUUGUGACAUCAUACAUCAACAAAAUGGCCGCCAGGCAGAAGACUGCUGAGAUACGCUGCACUGCAUUAGCUCAUACAGCUCAGCCUGUGAGCAAUAUCCUCCUGCUAGAGUUCCCCAUCUCUGUUAGCCUGGUCCCAGAUCAGUUUGUGCUGCCAUGUCAUCGGCUUAUGGUCUCUGUCACACCAGCAGAAACAGAUCUGGGCUACAUCGCCAUGAUAUCCAAGCAUCAGGCUCAGUAUUUCAUUUGACUAUCCCCUCCCCCAUUGUGCAAACAUUUGACCAAUUGUUUGUAAAGGAGGACUUUAUUAAAAUGUAAUUUAGCUUUGGAUGCUUGGAUUGUAUCUGUGUGUUGUUCUCAUGCUGAUAGAAAGCUGUUGUGGGCGUAUUGAUUAGGAAUAUAUUGAUGUGGAGCUCUGUCAACAGGAUAUUGAUCCUGAACUGAUCAGCACCCCAGGUUCUGUAACCGGUGGAACAGUAACCUUUAAAGUUUAUUGACCUUACCUUCUCUGUUACUCUUUCAUGAUAUUUCCAUCCUCUUAUCAAAUUUCCACAAGCUUCAGUCAGGCGAAGAUAAGACAUGUUGUUUAUGAAACAAAUACUAAGCCAAGCGGUCUCUUGCCGUAGGAAUGACAAGCUGUGUGUCAGGAAAUGUCAUGUAAGACUGCAUUAUUAAGAGCUUAGUUUCACAGGUUUCUCCCUGUGAUCUUAGAGAAAUAACUCUGUUAUCUUCUGUUAGCCCUUUUCUGUUCUGUAAGACCUUCCGAACCUAGCCUGGGUACCAGUCUGUUUGUGCUAACAUUCCGCCCCUUGUCAUACCAAACAUGUUUGUCAUAUGACACGGAGUACAAGGGGUGGAAUGGUAGCACAAAACACGUCUGGAUUUCAGACUGGUCUGAACCUACAAGCUACAAGUAAAUAGUUAAACAACUGAAGAACAACUUAGCCUGGUAACAGAAGUUUCCAGCCUGGUAUCUCAAGCUCUUUGCUGUGCAUAUGUACGCCGACUGAUCCUAGAUCUGAAACUAUCCCAAGUCUGCACCUUAUACUGUAUGCGUGGUAUACCUGUAAGGGCCAGCAACUUGCUGAAUAAAAUUACAUAACUGAACUGCAAA